CUAACGACUGAUAAACUAAAGUGACUUGCUACUUGUAUAGCUCAGCUCGUAACUGAAUACAUUCGCGUUUAUGCUCAAAAUGUACAUGCGUCUGUCAAGAUAGACCAAGCUAUCAAAUGUUUUAUGUUUUCCCCACUGGUUUCAGAAAUCCAGGUUAACAUCCCGACUCGGGCUAGGCAGUUAGCUAACGUAAAGUAAUAAUGCCGAAGUACUCGACUCAACUAAAGUGUCACAUAACCGUCCCCACCUGACCUUUGCUAUUGCCGCAGCUCUGUCGCGUCCAUUUGACCGGAGUGGAAUCAUCGUGCCGGUCACUUGCAGUGAUACCGGAGGCCAUCGCUGCGCAUUUUUACCGAACCUUUAUUGUUAUUAUAUUUUAUCAUAUUGGAUUAUAUAAUUGACUCAUAUCGUGGCCAAGACAAUGGAGAGCCUUGGUGUGCAGGAGGGACAGAAGGUGCUGCUGGUGUGGUCCCUGCCCUGCCGGCCUGUAGAGAUGAAGGAGCUGGCAGAGGGUCUGGGAGCUUUGGUGGGGAGCACAGGCCAGGUGUCUGUGGAGAACAUGGAGAGACUACAGCUCUCCUCUCACCAGCCGUCCAGCUUUGACAUGGUUCUGUCGGGGCUGAUUCAGGGGAGCUGUGCGGUGCACAGUCUGGAUACUCUCGCAGAGAUGACCAAAGUGACCAGGCCUGGAGGAAAAGUUGUACUGGAGGAGCCAGUCACAGCCAGCGAGGACGGUAAAAUAAGGACCACCCAGAAGCUGAUGUCGGCCCUGAAGCUGUCCGGCCUGGUCUCAGUCACAGAGGUGAGCUCGGCGCCCCUGAGCCUGGAGGACGUGGAUUCCCUGCGGGAGGCGACAGGGUACCAGGGGAACUCCCUCUCUAGGCUGCGCAUAUCCGGCUCUAAGCCCAGCUACGAGGUGGGCUCCUCCAGCCAGCUCAAGCUCUCCUUCGCCAAGAAGACACCCACACCAGUAGAGAAACCUGCUCUGGAUCCCGGCACUGCCAGUUUGUGGACCCUGUCAGCCAACGACAUCGAGGACGAGGAAGUGGACCUGAUGGACUCGGACCUGCUCCUGGAUGACGAGGACCUGAAGAAGCCUGACCCCGCCUCCCUCAAAGCUCCCGUGUGUGGUGACGGUGCCGCCAAAAAGAAGAAAGCCUGCAAGAACUGCACGUGUGGUCUAGCGGAGGAGCUGGAUGCAGACAAUACUUCUGGCAAGAAGAGCAGUCAGGCGAAGUCUGCCUGUGGAAGUUGUUACCUGGGUGACGCGUUCCGCUGUGCCAGCUGCCCGUACCUGGGGAUGCCCGCCUUCAAACCCGGAGAUAAGAUCUACGUGCCCACCUCGCAGCUCACCGAUGCAUGAAAUCUCCCCUCUAGUCCUCCUGUAUCAGCACCACAUUCCCCUCUGCCCUGUCCCACACAUUCCGCCCUCCCCCCCGAGUCACCCCCCCCCCCCCCCCCCCCUUUUAGUUGCC